AUGACCAGUGAAAGUGAGGCAAAGACAGUGUUAUACAAAAAAACUGCCGAGUACCUUGAUAGAGGAGUUCAGAGGAAUUUAGAAGGGGAUGCGCCAGAGCCAUUGAAGCCAGUGAUGCCAGUGAAGCCAUUAUUAAGUGAAGAAAUAUCCAAAAUCAAAUCGCAGAGGUCCACUGAACACGACCAGAACGAAGUUCUUCGGGUAUUUGUAAGUGACUUUGCUGGGCAGUCAAUCUAUUACGAUACCCAUGGCUGCUUUGUGAAACCGCAUUGCCCUUAUGUUUUGGUUCACGACCUUUCUCUGGAGUUUGAUAAACCGGCCGUUCCCAAAUUUAAAACAAGUAAUGAAGAGGAAGAGAUAGAGAUGAACAAUCCUCAACUUAAUACCAAUUUAGAUAAUUUUACAUCAUGGUUGAAGUUCCUGCAAGGUUUAGGAGAAUGCCAAGGUCAACAGUUUCCUGAUAAAUCUGGUCACUUUACCACUGCAAAGGGUGAGAACUUUAAACUGCCACCAGUUUUAAUAGCCUUGACUCACAGUGAUGAGGUGAAAGGCAACGACAGCAAAAUAGAUUGCGUGCAAAAAAGAAUCAACAUGGUCUUAUCUGGAGGAAAAUAUGAGAAUGUCGUCCCAGAGUUUUUCGUGAUCGACAAUACAUUGGAAGGUGACGACGGAGACGACGUGCGAAAGCUUCGUAGAAAGCUUUUUGACCUCUUGAAUGGAGUCCUUAACCAGGAGAUUUUAAUGCCUGUGAAGUGGCUAGAUUUUGAAGCUGCUCUAAGCCAGAAGCUAUCACGAGAUUGCAAGUAUAUCCCAGUUGACGAAGCUAAGCAGGAAGCGGAGGCCUGUGGCGUUGGGGAGUUUGAUCAUGCUAUCAAAUUUCUGCACCGCCAAGGUGUGGUCGUACACCACAGUGGAUCCAGCAAGGUUGUAUUGGAUCCUCCCUGGUUAAUGAAUCGCUUUACGAAAGUGAUCUCCAUGCCUGGCAAAUUGAAUGCGUUGUCCAGGCACGCUCUUGAUGUGUUCAAGCAAAAAGGCAUUUUGUUUCGAGAAUAUCUUGAGACGCUGGAAGACGCAGAACUUUUAAAAGAACUUAUGCAAAAGUUUAAUUUGAUUUUUCCUUUCCAACACGAUGGAAAGGCAGCCUUUUGCGUCCCUUCAGUUGCGCCAGCUAUGAUACCAGGAAUGGAGUUGGAAGCUAGCAAAAUGGAGUUAAAUGUUCCAUCGCUGUUUGUGACAUUUCCUCGCCAACUUGUGCCGAUGAGCCUGUUUACGAAGCUUCAAGUGAAGUUAAUUUCUGAGUGGGAAAAGCGCUUCCCGAAUCAACAAGCCACGCCUUCUUUCUACUGCAACUACUCCUUGCUUCCACUUAUUAUGGACGGCGACGUGUAUGAUAUUUGUUUAAUCGACCUCCACGAGUUCAUUAAGGUUGCCGUUUUUCCAAAACAGGAUGGCAACCAUUCCAAGUUUGCCAUUCAUCUUAACGCCACUCUGAAAAAGUGUUUGGACGACCUUAAAUCUCCAGACCAACUAUUAUUCAGCAUGACCAGCUAUGACCUCGAAGUGGAAUGUACCUGCUGCUUUGGUAAAGAAGAAAGAAAGUGUUCUCGUCAUGAUGAGAUCCAGUGUCAUUCAGACCGUUGUGGGCACCGCCACUUCUGGAAGCUUAGUGACCUUCAGAGAUUCUACAACGAUAAAUCCCCUGCAGUUUGCCGGUCGGACAAACGCUCGUCCAAAGUGUUUGACAUAGAGAGUGUAAAAAUUUGGCUCAAUACUGGUAAGUGGCUAAUGCCAAAGACGUUUUUACUUUGCCAGUUUUGAAAUCGUUAGUUGACAAUCAUGUUUGCUGGGUUAGGACUAUCGAGGUAUUAGUGAGCUUAAGCAUGCAACGUUUCUGUCAACACGGACGGACGUCAUCUGAAAAUUGGUAUCACUAAUAUUGGAGGCGUUUUGCAUCAUAUCGCUGAUGUAAGGAAGCGAAAAACUUCAAAAACCUUACGUUUUGUCAUAUGUGAUGAAGAUUACCACAAACAGACAAACUGAUACAAACACAGUUUUUAAUCCAGUCCCCCCUCGGCAAUCUGACGUCCGUGUUGACAAAAACGUCGUUUGCUUAAGCUCCCUAAUAUAAAACGGGUAAUACAGAUUUAGUAAGACAAACGUUUUGUUUCGUCGCCUGUCGGACCCAAUGUUGUCAAAGAGAGCCGCUCGCAGCCUACACAACAUCAGAAUGGGUAAAGUUGUAGUUGACAGUUAUAAUAGGCAGAUAAGUAAGAAUUAAAGUACAGGUAAACAAAUUAAAUGAUGAUAAAGUAUCUACUGAUAAGCUUAUACACGAACUCUUAAAGACAUCACGAAAUAUCAGUGAGAUAUUUUGUGAUCUCUUUACUAGUGAAGAUGUCAAUGCAGACAGCACUAGCCAGAAUGAGUGCUGUUUUGUUUUCUGUUUCUUUUAUUAACUGAUUCAGAUUUUAUAUUUUCGUGGUUGAAAGCAAUAUUUUAAUUUUUUAUCAUUCACUAUACGUUUGUUCGUAAAGUAUUAUUUGCACUAUUAAUAGCGGACGAUAAUGAGUUUGAAAAGGAAGAAAAAUGGGUAGCGGAGCUCAAUUACGGACGAUAAUGAGUUUGAAAAGGAAGAAAAAUGGGUAGCGGAGUGUCAAGAAUACUUUUUAAGAAUUGAUUUAGAAGUCAAGACCUAUGUGGAGCACGUUGAUGCUGAAAACUCCGAAACAGAAUUGCAACAGCCAGCAGGAAUGAUCGGAAUGCAAAACGAAAGCGCACCGGAAGAAGUUGACAGCUUGACGCAAAACAUGGGUAUUGAGACGCCAGAGGAAAUUACAUCAGCUACGGACGGAAGUGGACAUAAUGAUGUGUCAAAUGUAGAAAAUGGAGCUACCAACAAUCUGGAAAAGACGAUUAUUGGUACAGUGAAAUGUUAGCACAGUGAAAUAUGAACAAUCGUGUGGUUUUCAGAUGGAAAAACCAAAGUUACCCAAAUUUUCAGGAGAUGUGAGGGAAUAUGUAAUCUUUCGGGCUGAUUUCAAGCACACAAUUGAAUCAAGGUACAGUAAACGGGACGCAAUAACUUUGUUACGGACGUGUCUAAAUGAUAAACCCCUAGAACUGAUUCAAGGUAUUGGUCAGAUUAUGACGCGGCAUGGCAGUAUUUGGACUCUAUCUAUGGGGACGUACAGUAAGGCAUGUAUCUGAUACGAUAAUGCAGGAUAUCGCCCAAUUCAAAGCUUUACAAGAAGAAGAGGAUGCGCGCUUCUGUGACCUUGUGCAUUUGGUAAAACGGUCCUACAACACAUUAAAAGAAGUGGGUAUACCAAGCGACAUGGAUAAUAGCCAUAUGUUAUCAGUGAUUGAAAGAAAAAUGUGUCCUAGUGACAGAAAGAUAUGGUCAAGAGAUUUAGAAAAGGAGGGAAAACCUGCAACAUUUAGCGGAUUGAUGGAGUGGAUGACUGUUGAAAUGAAGUCAAGGAUGAGAGCUACAGCACCAAUAAGAAAUGCAGGAUCUAGUCGUCGAAACGUGCAUCAUUUUGGCUAUGAGAAGGAUCAGAACGAACGACACAAGUGCUGGUCAUGCAACGACUCGACACACUGGCCUGAUCAGUGUACGAAGUUUGGUUCUAUGAGCGUUGACGAAAGAAUAAACCUUGCAAAAUCCAACCACGUGUGUUUCAGCUGCUUGAAAAGAGCUGGUCGAGAGCACAAACAAGCAAAUUGCAAAAGAAGACGUCAGUGCGCGAAGACAGAAAAGGGAGUACAAUGUACUUAUUACCAUCACCCAUUGUUACAUAAGAGUAAUGCAGUCAACAUUGGUGUCGCAUCAUUACACGAGAAUGUAGAAGCAAUGCUUCCUGUUACUUCAGCAGAUAUAUUUGGUUCGAAUAAUCUUCGUAAACGCGGGAACGUACUGUUUGAUUCUGGUGCCCAUGUGACUUUAAUCAGGCAAGAAACUGCACAGAGCCUCGGGCCCAAAGGAAAAGAAAUCUCUGUGACUAUAACGAAAGUUGGUGGGCAAGAAGAAGAGAUAAAUACUAACGUUUACAACGUCCCAGUCAGCGCAAUUGAUAGUCGAAGAACAUAUUCUGUAAAGGCAAUCGGAAUUCUAGUAAUUAGCAGCGAGAGUGGUAGCAUUGAUACAGGGAGCAUCAUGGAGCAGCUCGGCCUACCUGGAGAACGAAUAAGAAGAAAGAAAGGUCCAAUUGAUCUCCUAAUCAGGAUUGACCACGCACAGUUACAUACUGGCUCAACGAAGCAAAAGGAUCACAUCGUUGCAAGAAAACCCCAUUAGGAUGGGUUCUGUUUGGCAACAAAUCUGGAGCAGCAACUGCAAGAGAAUCAACACGAGUCCUCCACGUAAAGUAUACCGCACCAAUCGACAUAUCCGAGUUCUGGAAAAUUGAAAGUAUGGGUGUUCUUGUCAAACCGUGUGUCUGUGAAACGGAUAAACUCACUCAGGUUGAACGAGAAGAAAAAGUAUUGAUCGAAAAUUCAGCGCAGAAGAUUGGCAAUCAGUGGAUGAUCCCGUACCCCUGGAAAAAGGACCCAAGAUCGUUACCUGAUAACAGAAAUCAAGCCUGAAACGACUUGAAUCGACCGAACGCCGCCUGUCAAGCAACCCAGACCAAGCCGAAGCAUACCAGAAACAGAUGGUUGAAAUGGAAGAGAUGAAGUUUUCGCGCAAGUUAUCGAAGGAAGAAAUUGAAAAUUACGAAGGUCCUGUGCAUUACAUAUCACAUCAUGCAGUUAUACGACCAGAAAAGAAAAGCACACCAGUCAGAAUUGUCUUUAACCAAGGGAGCAAAUUAAAUGAUUAUUGUAAAAAGGGACCUGACUUGCUAAAUAGUUUGUUUGGAGUUGUCUUACGUUUUCGAGAGAGAGAAGUUGCAAUUAGUAGUGACAUUUCGAAAAUGUACCAUCGCGUUCGUAUCCCACUUGAAGACCAACGCGUUCAUUGGUAUUUAUGGCGAGACCUCGAAAACCUAUGUGAAGACAGUGUUGACGUUCCGAGAUAAACCGGCACUGGCUAUGGCCCAGAUUGCGCUCCAGAAAACCGCUGAAGAGAACCAAGAAUUAUAUCCAGAAGCUGCAAAAGCCAUUAAAGCUAACUCCUAUAUGGACGACUUGUGUGGCUCGCUCGACACUGUAAAGGAAGCUCGAAAGCGAACUGAAGACAAUGAUAAGAUUUUGGAAACUCUGCGUUAAAGAAUGGAUAUCUAACAAGACCCUGAAUCAACAAGACAGUAAAGAAGAAACGGCAUUGAAAAUGCUCGAAGGAGAUAGGAAGGAGAAAGUACUUGGAUUGGAAUGGAAACAUAAAAUGAACAAGUUUUCGUACAAGGUGACAGGUGACCUAAGCAACACGAAGAACGAAAACGAUGAAUCAAAACAGACAGAACCACCGCUAACCAAAAGAACUAUCCUGAGUCGAGUUGCAAGAAUUUACGACCCAAUUGGAUUCGCUGCAGGGUUCCUCAUUCGAGCAAAGAUAGGCAUUCAAGAAUUGUGGAUGAUGGGUUAAGAAUGGUAUCAAGAAUUACCAGAAGGAACACAAAAAACUGGUCUGAAUUUCCCAAGGAAUUAGAACACUUGAAUACAGUUGCAUUUCCGCGUUGUUUGACACCUUUGUCAGCCAUUGGAGCACCAAUGUUAUGUGUUUUCGCAGAUGCCUCAAGAAAAGCCUUUGGUGCUUGUGCUUACAUUCGAUGGCAGAUCGACAAUGGCAAAUUUGAGUCCAAAUUCAUUGCUGCGAAAUCCAGAGUUGGACCAUUGAAGGAACUGACAAUUCCACGGCUAGAGCUACAGUCAGCGGUCCUAGCAUCACGCUUAGGAAAGAGUAUCCUGGAAGAAUCGAGAUUUGAGUUCGAGAAAAUCAUCUAUUUUACCGACAGUCAGAUCGUAUUGGCAUGGAUUCGGAGUCAGGCGCGAAACUACAAGCCUUUCGUAUCAUCGACAGUGGGAGAAAUACAGAGUAAUUCCAAUCCCGCUGAGUGGAGACAUAUUAAUGGUGAUCUUAAUGUAGCUGAUGAUGUCUCCCGUGGUGUAGCAAUUUCAGAGUUAAACGGUCGAUGGGAGCAUGGUCCAGCAUUCUUACAAUUACCAGAAAAUCAGUGGCCCGAAGAAGUAUGUAACGUAGAUGAAGAACAGGAAGUAGACACGGAGCGACGUAAAGUAAAGAUCUAAAUUUCGCGUCCACGAAAGCUGAAGAAGAGAUGAAUGUAAAGAAAUUUUCAAGUUGGCGAAGACUGAUUAGAGUUACAGCGUAUGUGAGAAGAUUCCUCCAAAAAUGUAGAAAGCAGAAAGAUGAAGAAAGUUCAAACGAGAGAUCCUUAUCACCGCAAGAAUUGCAAGAAUCCGAGUUGUUCUGGAUCAAAGAAGCACAGAAAAUUCUUGCAGAUCGUGUAGCAAAAGGAGAAUUUAAAUCGCUGACCCCGUUUCGAGACGGAAGUGACAUUCUGAGAGUUGGUGGAAGAGUAUCAAAAGCAGAUGUGUUCUAUGAUACGAAGCAUCCUGUCCUGCUACCCAGUUCACAUUGGAUAUCACUGUUAAUCAUUCGACAAGCACAUCAGUUUGGUCACAAUGGUAUCGCUGCAACAACAGCUAAGAGGCGAAGGAAGUACUGGAUAGUGAAGGCGAACGACCUAGCAAAAUCGGUCAAGUACAAGCGCGUAUUUUGCAAAAGAAUGGCUCAAAACUUGGAAACUCAGUUCAUGGCAAAUCUCCCAGAUGUCCGUUUGGCACCAUUUACCCCACCGUUUCACCACACCGCUUUGUGAUUACUUUGGUCCAAUCGUUGUCAAAGUUGGUAGAAACGUACAAGACAGCAAAACAUUAUGGAGUACUGUUCACCUGCCUGAAUACCCGAUCGGUCCAUCUCGAGUUAGCUGUCGAUUGUUGGACAAUGGAAUUUUUACAAGUUCUCCGCAGGUUCUUUGCAAUCCGUGGGACCCCCGCAGUUAUGAUCAGCGACAAUGGCACACAGUUCGCUGGCGCCGAAAAGGAAUUGAAGGGAAUGGUAAAAGGUUGGAAGUCGGAUGAAUUGCGUGAAUUCUGUGCAGAAAAGGGUAUGAAGUGGAGAUUCACUACCCCGAAGGCCCCUCACCAUAACGGAUGCGUAGAAGCGUUUGUAAAAACAUGCAAGAAUGCGUUAAAGAAAGCUAUCGGCAACCAAGUGCUAUCACCGUUUGAACUAUACACGUAUUUGUAUUGAGUACCUAAUGAUCCUGAUGAUGGAACGUAAAUCAGUCCAAACGACACAUUGCUUGGCCGUUCAACGUCCGAAGUUCCACAAGAACCGUUUAGACAAACCAAAAACCCAAGACACAGAGUUGAAUUUGUUCAAAAACUGGUGGACUCAUUUUGGAGAAAGUGGAGCAGAGACGUUUACCCGUAAUUGGUCCUGAGGAAAAAAUGGUAUACGCAACGACGUGAUGUAAAGGUCAACGACGUGGUAACGUGCGUCGAUGAAAACGCAGUCAGAGGAAAGUGGAUGAUUGGCCGAAUCGUAGAAACGUUUCCUGGACAAGAUGGAAAAACGAGAAAUGUGAAGAUCAAAACGUUAUGUGGACAAUAUAACCGACCAAUCACGAAGAUCGUAGUUAUCGUUCUGGUUGAUGAAGACAAGGAUGAAGAAUAAGGAUUACCCCAUAUUGGGGGGCGAGGAUGUGGCGUUGAACACUUAUGUAUUACACUUAAUUGCACUAUAUUAAUUAUUAUUGAUUCACUUUGAUUGACAUUUAUGAUUAGGCUAUCGUAUUACUGCAGAGACACAUGAGAACAACACAGUCGAAACGUUUAACUGCUAACCUGAGAAUCGGAACUAAAGUAUCUAAGUUUAUGCUAAGCAGUAUAUCUGUUUUAAUGUGAUUUAACACGGGGAUAUUGGCACAGAAGUAAGUAAAAUAAGGAUGAAUAAUUGCAUGCAUAUACGUUGAUUAUUUAGCUAAUAAUUUCAUAUAAUUUAUAUCAAUAUUUAGGUCGAAUUGAAUUUGCGCACAAUAUUAUUUGUGACAAUAAAAUACGAUAAACCAAUAUCCAGUCGUGUGGCGUUUAACGAGUAUUGUCGAUUCGACGAACCACACUACUCGAAAUAGAAUGCAUAUCUUAAUUCGCGCAGCCUUAUAUCCCCUACAUAUAAUAGUUUCAUCCGUUUUUCAAGUGCCUGAUGCAGCUAUGGUAGAAAACAGCUCAAACUUUGGAAGGCCAAAUGAAACCUCAAGUGAAGCUUCAAGCUCAGGUAAUUGUUUGGUUACGGUUAGACUUUGACUAUACAUUGGUUUUCAAUUUACGUUUCCGAUUUUAGAAGACCAUAUAUUUGGGUGUGCACUUUGUAAGUACCGUGUGUGUUUUCAUCAGAAUUUUUUGCAGCAUUUUCAUUAGUAUUUUUGCACAAUUGAAUAUAAUCAAUGCUACAAGUUGAUUGGUCAAAUUUGACGUAUUAAGCUGUUAUAUUCACCUACAUGAGGUGAAUAUAACAAAACCUAUGGCGGCUAGCCGUUGUGGAAGUUAUAUAUUGAUAAAAGAAAUCAGCGAAAUUAAAAUAAAUUCAGUCCCAAAAACACAAAAGUCUUGUGUAAAAAUACUAAACCAACUAUUCACCGAAGGCGAGGUGAUUAUAUCGGGGAAUAUUCACCUCGACUUCGUCUCGGUGAAUAUUCCCCGAUAAUCACCUCGCCUUCGGCGAAUAAUUGUUUAUUAAAGCUGGUAGUGCUUAUAAGCUUUAGUUUUGAACGUGGAAAACAUAUGUUCUUUUGUACAGGACUUUUGUAUGGAUCUAUGUUUUUUAGGCAUGUUUUUUGUUGUAAUAUGUAGUUUUAAAUUACUUGCAGGCCCACAAUCGACAAGAGACUCCUCUCUCAAAGGAUCUAUGAACGGUAUGAAUCAGUUAAUAUAAUGACCAUCACUAUUAUUACCGCCAGGAGGUUAUGUUAUGCGUUUUUUUCUGCGUUUGUGCGUGUCUGUGUAUGUAUGUGUGUGUCUUAUCUUCAUCUUCGGUCUUAUCCUUAUUGUGAUCUUUAGUGUUAUCGUUAACCAUAUCGUUGCUCUUAUUAACUUCUUAUUCUCUUUGAUAUUUUUAUCUUUUCAUCCUAAUCCCUGUCCUCAUCUUUCUUCUUAUAAUUAUUAGUACCAAAACUUUGCUUUGUUGUCGGCAACUAUCGAGAUCUUCAUUUUUUGUUUUUCCCUUCUAUAAUAAAAAAGUCAGCUACGUUCAAAGAAUGGCAAAGUGUGCUAAAUCUGUCGGUAUGAUUGCUUUGAAAAACAAAGAUGACGAUGAACCAACCUACACAGGUACAAGUUGGCUUGUUGCCAAGGAAGAAAGUGAAUCUUAUAUAAUGACUAACUAUCAUGUGAUUUCCGCGAUCAUGCAACGCAGACGUCAAACUCAACGCGAAAUCAAAGUAGUUAUUCAGUUUGAUUAUCUGACAAAGGCCCAGCCAAGCUGCGUCGAAUUUGAAGUCGCGCAACAAGCUGAAAUUUCCAAUGUUGAUUUGGACUACGCAGUAUUGAAGGUUCAGAGCAACUGUCCUGGUAUAGAAUGCUUAAAGGUUUGUACGCGUUGGCUUAAUCCUAACAGCAAUGGCACUGUUAUUGGUCAUCCAAAAGCCGAAUCGAAGUCAUGCAUGUUUGGAAAGGUGCUUCAUACACCAAGCUCUUCAGAGAAUAUCCGUAAAUGGGUUGAGGACAAAACAAAACAAUACUGUCGUCAUGAGCAUUGUGAUGGAAAGGUAAAAGAAGUCGUUUGCGUCCACAAUUAUGAGAAGUGGGACAAACUUGAAAAGCGAAAGGAUUUUUUGUUGAUUCACAACUGUCAAACAGGCCACGGGGCAUCAGGUUCACCGGUUGUAAAUGACAACGGCGAAGUUAUAGCGUUGCACAGUUGGGGUAUGUUUUUGGGAAAUGAACAGCAGCGGGAAAAACCAGCACUUGAGUUUGCGCACUCCAUUAACUCUAUUGUUAAGGACAUCAACAUCAACAAGAAGAACGAAGCAUUGGCACGAAAACUAAACUUUUAUGGAAUGAGAACUUAG